CAACCUCAAUCAUUCGACACAGCGCAAUCACAAGCUGCUCACAUCCGUCCUUUUUACCGGCUCCUCCAACGGUCUACUGAAAACAAGCUCCACACUCAAGUCCUUCUCCCACCAAAACUCCCCACCUCCUCCCCUCGAUGACUCCGUAAUGAGCCAGGAUGUCUCUUCUUCACCCGCAGAGCCCACAGCUGCUGCUGCUGCUGCUCCUUCAGACCUCCGCUACGUGCGCUACGAUGGCUCCCGCGAAAACGAAUACGUCUCCGCAAUGAGACAGCUUAUUUCCAAAGAUCUCUCGGAACCGUACAGCAUCUACGUCUACCGCUACUUCCUCUAUCAAUGGGGGGACCUGUGCUUCAUGGCCAUGGACGAUACAAAGGAGAAAGACUUCAUGGUAGGCGUGGUAGUUUCGAAGCUCGAACCGCACCGCGGCGGUCCGCUGAGAGGGUAUAUUGCCAUGCUGGCUGUGCGGGAGGAGUACCGCGGGAGAGGAAUAGCGACCAAGUUGGUGCGGAUGGCAAUUGAUGCGAUGAUAGAGCGGGAUGCCGAUGAGAUUGUCCUGGAGACGGAGAUCACAAACACUGCUGCCAUCAAGCUGUAUGAGCGCCUGGGCUUUUUGAGGAGUAAACGUCUGCAUCGGUAUUACCUGAAUGGCAAUUCUGCAUACCGGCUGGUGUUGUACCUUAAAGAGGGGGUAGGCUCCAUCCGAACGAGCAUGGAUCCGUACGGAGCUCCAAUCCCUCCUCCUGCCCCGGCUCUGCUGCAUGAAAACGGUCGUGGGUGAGUCAUGCCAGCGGAACUGAUGGCAACGCUUGUCCUAACGUAUUGAUGCAUUUACGACACAUUGGAUGAUAUAGAUGAUUAUGCCUUACCAAAUUGAACAUGCAAAGCCACAGCUGAAAGUGCUAUUUUGCUAGAGCCAACCUCUGGCUGACUUGAAUGGCUCUCAGCGAUCUGUGAUCCUCUCGGACUGUAUUCGAUUCAUAUCUCUAUACACCCUAUAUACAUUCAUGAAGUCGGGGGUGGAGGGGUGAUAUCUAUUCACAUGUAAUAUACAAAAGAGAUAGCUGAAGGCUGAUAAAACCCAACCAAUAUCCAACCACGCACCU